CAGACAUAGCAGGAGCGUUAUUCUUGAAUGAAUGUCCAGGCAAACGGAUGUGGAAUUUAAGGGCUAAUAACCUUUGUGGUGCACUAGAUAAAUACAUGUGUUUGUAUGAUACAAAUGAAGGCAAAUUCAGAGAACUUUGCAAAGAUGCACCUGAAUUUCACAGACCUGGGAAUAUUUUUAUUAUAAGUGGAAAUUUACAGUAUUUUGCUGGAAGACCAUGUAAGAGCGACAAAUACCAACCACAUAAAUGGUGGACAAAUGGUAGCAGUGAUUGUCAAUAUCUUAAGUCGACAUGUAAUGAAGAAGGCCAAGUACCUUACGACAAUGGAACAAUAUCAAGGGAUACAAAAUGUCGAUGUGACUAUACAAAUUACUAUACAUUUGUCAGUAGUACAAGAAAUAAAUGUUUCUGUGACCCUACAGAGGAAGAUUGUUCGUGCAACAGAAAAAAAUGUUACUAUGAUCAAGUUUUGACACCAGAUUAUGAUUGUGUAGGCAUUCAUGCAUGGACUGGUCAGUUUGUUUGUCCCGAAUAUAAAGCACCAAAGUUCACAGACAAAAACACGUUACAACGAAGAACAACAAUAUGUCCUUUGAUAAAACAAGGUAAAAAGAUUGUUUUAAAAAUGAAGUCUGAUAAUUACGCCUAUUAUGACAAGAUUAAGGUUAUACAACAAGGAAUGGUGUAUUGA